AUGGCAAAUCUCGUCACCGCAAACGAUCCACGCAAAGUCGUCGUCAUCACGGGCUGCUCUUCCGGGCUGGGUCGAUCGAUGGCCAUCGAAUUCGACGCUCAAAAAGACUACCGAGUCUUUGCGACCGCACGCAACUUUGAGUCACUCCGCGACCUCCCCCCCGGUAUCGAACGCGUUCAGCUCGACGUCACCUCGCCCGAAUCCAUCAAGGCGGCGUUCCAGUCCAUCGCCCGGACCACACACGAUCGCAUCGACGUGCUCAUCAACAACGCAGGCGUCAACCUCGCCGUCGGUCCCCUCAUCGAGACUCCCAUCGACGACAUUCGCAAAACGUUUGAAGCCAACCUAUUUGGUCUCGUCGCAGUCACCCAGGCUGCUGCACCCUACAUGAUCCGACAGCGAUCCGGCACCAUCAUCAACAUCGGUUCGGUGGCUGCCAUCGCCUGUAUGCCUUUCGGCGGUCCUUACAGCGCCUCCAAAUCCGCCGUCCACGCCCUCUCCGACACGCUGCGUCUCGAACUAUCCCCCUUCAACAUCAACGUCGUCGUCGUCGUUCCAGGUGCCAUUAAAUCCAACAUCGCAGUUAACACCCUCAAAAACCGCUCCAGCUCGGAACCUGCUUCGGACGGAGAUCUAGGCUACCUCCCCGCGGAUUCGCUGUACAAGCACGUCGAAGAUCUCGUCAAGUUCCGUGCAGAGUACAGCCAGCAAGGCGAACCUACUCCGAGCGAAGUCUUUGCAAAGAACGUCAGACGAUGGGUGACCGCAACUCGUCCGGGUGCGUACCUGUUCACGGGCAAGAAGAGCUCGACCGUGUGGUUCGCGUGGUACCUGCCCUAUAGGCUCAAGGACUAUCUCUUGGGAAAGUUGUUCCAGAUCCGCAGGAUUGGAGAGGACGCUCACAAGAACAAGAACAUCUGA